UCCCACUGUUUAAGUCUUUCACUGCAUCCAAAGUCUCUCAGGGUCACAGACUCACAGUUUCUUGGCUCUCUAUUUUUCAUCACUUUCUCUCUCCCUCUCUUUCUCUGUAUUUCCCUUAUCCAAAUUUUCUUGGAAAAGAACGUAGGUCUAGUCUCUUUUCCUUCUGGUUUUAGUUAUUGUUCAAUCUCUUUCUGUCUACAGUGACUGACUUUCUUUGGUACUCUUAUAUCAAUAGGAUUCUGAAAGAUUUAUUUUUUGUUAUAAUGGCGGCUUGUACUAAUCCCAGAAAGAUUUACUGUUUCUAGUUUAGCUCAUAUAAUUGGUCUUCCUUGUGGCUGUAUUUACUGUUUGUCAUUGACUUCAACAUAAAGAAGAAGCACUUAAGAGUCAUUUCCCUUUGUUCACUUUGCUUAAACCUAAACUCUGUCUCUCUCUUUUAUUAAGUUUCCAUUUUUUUCGUGUUAAAGCUUGUACUACAAGUCUACAGCAAUACCCAGUAGUGGAUUAAUCAUAUAUUUGCUUAAACCACAAUGUAUUUGUCUCAAACAUUCUCUCUUUCUCUCUCCGUGGGAUUCUUCUUGAAGUUGGAGUUUUUUUAGGGGGAUAUAUAGCAUAGGGACUUGCACUAUUCUUGAAUUUCAGUAUCUAUGGAAGAGUUUUACAGGCUGAAUUCUGUGUUGUCAUGUUCAGAUGAGAUUGUUAGAGUUGACAACAUUGUUGAUGCUACUGCUACUACUUCAGCUGGAUUUCUUUGCCCUAUGGAUAACAUGCUUCAAGUGGCUGAGACUGGGGUCACUGAGUCAGAGAUGACAGAUCUGAUCAAGACCCAGAUUUCCAACCACCCUCUUUAUCCAAAUUUGGUUUCUGCUUAUAUAGAAUGCCAAAAGGUUGGAGCUCCACCAGAAAUGGCUUCUCUUCUUGAAGAAAUUUGCAGAGAAAACCACUUAUUAAGCACUUGCAGUGAGAUAGGAGCUGAUCCAGAACUUGAUGAAUUCAUGGAAUCGUACUGUGAGGCUCUACAUAGAUACAAGGAGGAGCUAUCCAAGCCGUUUGAUGAAGCCACCACAUUCUUGAGCAGCAUUGAAUUACAGCUCAGUAACCUCUGUAAAGGAACAUUGACAAGAAACUUAGAUUAUCGCUCUGAUGAAGGUGCAGUUGGGACUUCAGAGGAGGAAUUAAGCUGUGGGGAGGUGGAUGCACCUGAAAGCCAAGAGUACUCUUCUGGUGCUGGAACUUCAGGUGAGCAGGACCUUAAAGGAAUGCUCCUUCGUAAGUACAGUGGCUAUCUUAGCAGCUUGAGGAAAGAGUUUCUAAAGAAAAGAAAGAAAGGAAAGCUACCAAAGGAUGCAAGAACUACAUUGAUGGACUGGUGGAAUACUCAUUAUAGAUGGCCAUAUCCUACGGAGGAGGAGAAAUUGAAGCUAUCAGAGGCUACUGGAUUAGAUCAAAAACAGAUCAACAAUUGGUUCAUAAAUCAGAGAAAGCGGCAUUGGAAACCGUCUGAAGACAUGAGAUUUGCUCUCAUGGAGGGUGUUACAAGCAGUGCUAGUGAACCUAUGUACCUUGAUACUGAAGGUGGAACAGGAGGUGAUGAUAUUUGAUUUGAUCUAACAAUUUGGAUGUAGUCCAAGCUUAAUUAUCUGGUUUUGGGAAAAGUUAAAACUAUUACAAAUUUUACUACAUAAAACUUACAAACUAAUGUGGCAAUCAAUGUGGUUGGUGGGAUUCAACCACCUUGCAAUUGAAUGUUUGAACUGUUUUUGGUGAUUGGUGACACAUAAGUUUGUUAGAUCUAUGUAGUAAAAUUUGUAGUGUCCUUAGCAUUAUUCUACAUGUAAAGGUGCAUAGCUCUUCUUUUCCUUCUCUCUUUCUUCUUUUUAGUUUUCCUUUUUUUAGUAGAUUUUAUUACUUAUAGUGGCUAUUUCAAUUACCAAUCAUUUACUUUUACAAAUGUAAAGAAUGCAAGAUGAGAUCAUAGUUAUCUAUCCACCACCGUUGUUUCUUUA